AGGAGUCAGAUUUUACGAACGCAAGCGACAAACGAUGGAUUCAUAGUAGCGCUACGGCAAUACCUGAUUUCUUGAAAGACACUUCUUGUUCUCCGAUUAUCCCCACUCAAACGACCGACAACGACAUGUCAAUCUUUGGUGGCGGCGGCAACAGCGCACCAGCCGGUGGCGGCUCUUUGUUCGGCGGCGGCGACAACAAACCAGCAGGCUCUAUUUUCGGUGGUGCGGCACCUGCAGCCGGUGCCACCGCCGGUGGUUCCUCCCUUUUCGGUGGCGGUGGCGCGGCGGCUGCUCCGGCGCCGGCCGCGGGCGGCUUGUUCGGCGGUGGAGCGAGUGCAACUCCCGCUGCGCCAGCGGCUGGUGGAUCGAGUCUUUUCGGAGGCGGCGCAGCGCAAACCCCGGCACCGGCCGCUUCAGGUUCAUCGCUUUUCGGCACUGCUGCACCAGCACCCGCGGCAGCAGCGGAAUCGAAGGCCGGGUCAAUUUUCGGCGCGGCAGCACCAGCAGCAGCUCCGGAUGCGAAGGCAGCAGCACCAGCAGGCGGAUCUUUGUUCGGCGCACCUGCCGCUGCUCCUGCAGCGGCGCCCGCCGCGGACAACAAAGCUAGUUCGGUAUUCGGAGCCAGCGCAGCACCGGCAGGAGACCAGAGUAAACCCGCGGAAAGCAAAGCAGGAUCAAUUUUCGGCGGUGCAGCAGCAGCUGCACCAGCAGCGGGUGGGGAUAACAAAGCAGGGGGGUUGUUCGGAGGUGGCGGUGCAACAGCAGCUCCGGCAAAUGACGCGGAUAAGAACGCACUCGCAACUGUCGGCGGAGCAAAGAAGGAGCCAGACCAGAAUGCGCUAAGGAUGUCGGUAUCUAUACAUAGAACGGAAGACUUUUUUCGAAAAGUGAGAGUUUGAAAUUGAAUUUGAGUGUAGUCGUACGACUGAUUCUGCUUCUACUUGUUACUGCCUGUCAAAUAGAUCAAAAGCAAUUCGUCAACAUAGCGACUCACUGUCACUUCUUCUUCUCUCUACUCAGGUCAACGAGCACCGGAAAGUUGGCGAACUUCUGCGACAAUACGAAGAACGAAUUUUCAAGCAAGCCGCAACGUUCCAGCAAGCCGCCGCACAGUGCGUCGAGAUGGACACGGCACUGAUUUCAAACAGUCUAAAGGUCCGAGAAAUAAACCUGGAGUACGAAACUUUGCGAACAAAGCAGAACACCGUUGCCGAGUGCCUGAAGCACAUUGCUGAACAGCAGGUACAAAUUUUUUCGCAAUACGGCACCCACGCGAGUUUGUGUGUUAGUUAAUCAAAGCGCUGGCGCUUUUCUUCUCUCUGUAAGAAAGUACUCUGGAUCGAAAAUCUGCAAUGCAAAAAUCAAUAAACAGGAAUCUCUCUCCCGCCUAAUGGGUGCCCUGCAAGCGAGUCUCCAGUCCGCCCCGGCUGCGAGUACGAAGUGUCACCAAAAAGCGAACACGCUCGCUCUGCAUCUCGACGAUUUGGAACGACAAGUGAACGACCUGACGUCGGAAAUCGACAACGUGCACGAAAAACAGUAUUGAAAUGAUUUUUGCUAUUGCUUUUGCUUGGCAACGUGUAUUUGGAAUGACAGCUAUUCUUGUCUAGAAAAUGCAGCUAUACAAAUCGACACACAUUGAAUUCAUUUUUCAGGUACGCUACCCCGCUAGGCGGUAUCGCGCGAGUCUUGUGCGCCCAGGCAGAUACCUUGAACCACUUGGAGACGCAGACUAGCGAAGCCGCGAUGAAGCUGAAGCAGAUGGACGGAAAUUUGUUUUCCCGAUGAAGGAGUUGAGGCUGUCAUGCUCAUGCUCCCAAAGAACUCAAGCUUGGAAAAACUAAACGCGACGACUGAUAUUUUUACCACCGUGUGUCAAAGGAAUUCAUCGCUCAUUUAGAUUUACAAUCACACCCAUGGGAAGAACAAAUACAAACAAGGCACGCCACUGUCCCGUGCGCAAGCA